AUGCGUCGCCGAGUUGAUCUUGGUCUGUCCUGCUAUGACCGCCAUAACGAUGGGUCGGGGGUUUGUUUCUCUUCAUCAAAACGACCAAUUUUGAAUGUACGCCCGGGCUAUAUAAUAUGGGCAUUUUCUCGCCCACGCGAAUUCUCCGCUGAUCUCAUGAUGAUCGGGUUUCUAGAGCAGGAGGGUAUUCCGUACGAGAUUCUGACUGAUCAUGACCUGCACGCUCGUGGAGCUGGCACUCUCCAAGGUUUCAAUACUGUGCUCACGGGCUGUCAUCCCGAGUACCCAAGUCUUGAAUCUUUCAGUGCCUAUAACGCUUCUGCAAAAGGAGGAGGCAAUCUCAUGUACGUGGGGGGCAAUGGCUUUUAUUGGGUAAGUGGACACAACGUUAAUCGACCACAUCGAUUAGGGGUGCGUCGUGGAGAUAGUGGGGUGCGUCCAUAUAGCCUCCCCCGUGGAGAGCACAUUCACAGCCUCGACGGCCAACGAGGUGGUUUGUGGAGAUCUCGGGGAAUGAGCUGCAACACGUUAUUUGGGGUAGGUUUCUGCACGCAGGGUUAUUUUUACUCUUCU